AUGUCUCCAAUCGAAAUCGAAGAUGACGAUGAUGUCAGAGAGUUCUUGUGUUACCAGUUUGAGCAUUCGGAUAAAUUCACCCCGUUAUUCAUCGAGACAAUGCAACACAUCAAUACCACAAUAUAUGUGGACAGUGUGGCUGAGGAGUAUGGUGUGGAAUUCAAAUGCAAUCCGUCUCCAUUAGAAGUGGUAGUAAGCAAUGAUCAAUUGCCCGACCCACCGCAAACAUCAAACGUUGUGACUAACCAAGUCAGUGGUGCACGUGACAUUAACAAUAAUUAUGAAUACAUGACACUGCCUUUAGCAUCAACAACAGAUCUGCCAUCAUCAUCCACCAUCCCAUCUACGUGUGUAAGCGACAUUCCACUUCGAGACCUUCCCAAAACAUCAAACCUCAUUAGUCGUCAAGUUCUCACGUCGUUUGAUGAUGCUGCAUUCACCAAUGCAAAAAUGCUGGAAUAUACUGAUUCAUUAUGUGAACCGAUCAAUAUAGUUGUUGGGCAAACGUUUAAGGAUAAGAGUCAGUGCCAGUAUGCUUUGAGCCAAUUUGCAAGUAGCAAUAAUUUCCAGUAUAGAGUAAUAUACUCAAAUGCUAGGAGAUUUACUGUGGUGUGCUUGAAAGAUACAUGUGAAUGGAGAGUUCAUGCAUCUCGAGUGAAUGAUACAGGGAUAUUCAAAAUACGGAGUUAUACGUCAAAACACACGUGCGGCAUAACAUUGAUGAAGAGCGAUCACUGUUAUAGCAAGGCAUGGAGAGCUUGGGAGCUUGCACUUAAUCACGUGAUGGGGUCUUACGAAGACUCCUACAAUCAACUCCCUUUGUAUUUGCAUGAGUUGAGGACAGCCAACCCAGGGAUAGUUACUGUCGUGCUUGUUAACCAACAGACUUGCAGGUUCGAGAGAUGUUUUAUAGCUCGGACAAUGCAUUUGAAGUUUUCAAAAAUCAUUGCGAAGGUUGCAUUUGACAUCGGCGAAUCAGAGAACAACAGUAGUUGGAAUUGGUUACUUACCUACCUUAACGAUGUGUUAGGGUCUGUGGAGGGUCUUGUAAUUAUAUUCAACCGACAUAAAGGUCUAAUGAAAGAGGUUCCCCAAGUCUUCCCGUGUGCAAUACAUGGGUAUUAUGAGUACCACAUCUACAGAAACUUGGUGGACACUUUUAAGGACAAGUCAUUGGAGAUGUAUUACUGGAGGGCUGUGAAGACUUGCAGGAGUACCGAAUUUGAAAAAUUAAUGCAUGAUAUCAAAAUGACCAAUCCCCCAGUACAUGCAUGGCUAACAGAAAUUGGGUUCGAGAGAUGGGCAUCUUCGCAUGAAAGAAGAUUCAACUUGGUCACGACAAACAUAUCUGAGUGCAUUAAUGCCAUUUUCAAAGAAGCACGCGAAUACGCCGUUACGAAAUUGAUAGAGGUUGUAAUAUUCAAGAUACACGAAUUAUUUUAUAAGAAAAGAGAAUCUGCAGCAUCAUUUGUGGGUCCAUUGACACCAUGGGUGGAGAAACAGUUAAAGGAUCUCAUGCAGAAGGCGGGAGAUGUUCGCCGUGAUACUAUUUUUCGAGAUGAGUACUAUGUCGAGAUUAUAACGAUACAGUGA